UUCCUCUGACCACCGUGUGUGUGUAGUCUUCCUCAGCCAGUGGGGACCAGGAGUUGGUGUCUCGUAUGAAGAGUCUGGAGCUGGAGAACCAGGGACUGCACAAAGUGGUGGAGGAUCUGAGAGCAGCCUUGUUCAAGCUGGAGAACAGAGUCCGGGUUCUGGAGAGGAGCCCAGCUGUUCCCUGUGCCAAGGCGGUGGCUGUUCAGUCUGUGAAGGAGGAGGAUGACGAUGAGAUGGACCUCUUUGGGAGUGAUGAGGAGGAUGAAGAGGCAGAGAGGCUGAAGGAGGAGAGAAUCGCUGCUUACGCUGCCAAGAAGUCUAAGAAACCAACACUCAUCGCCAAGUCCUCUAUCCUGCUCGAUGUCAAACCUUGGGAUGAUGAGACAGACAUGUCUAAGUUGGAGGAGUGUGUGAGGUCUGUUGUAGCUGAUGGUCUGCUGUGGGGUCAGUCCAAGCUGGUUCCCGUGGGUUACGGCAUAAAGAAGCUCCAGAUCGGGUGUGUUGUCGAGGACGACAAGGUGGGGACAGACCUGCUAGAGGAAGAGAUCACCAAGUUUGAGGACUAUGUCCAGAGUGUCGACGUGGCUGCCUUCAACAAGAUCUAAGCCUCUCCUCCCUCCUCUCCUCUCUCCUUCCUCCUCUCCUCUCCUCUCUCCUUCCUCUCCCCUCUCCUCCCUCCCUUUCCUCUCCUCCCUCUCCUCUCUCCCUUUCCUCUCCUCCCUCUCCUCUCUCCUCCCUCUCCUCUCUCCUCUCUCUCCUCUCUCCUUCCUCUCUUCUCUUCUCUCCUUCCUCUCCUCUCUCCUUCCCCUCCUCUCUCCUUCCCCUCCUCUCUCCUUCCCCUCUUCUCUCCUUCCCCUCCUCUCUCCUUCCCCUCCUCUCUCCUUCCCCUCCUCUCCUCUCCCUCCUCCCUCCCU